ACAAGGCUUGCGUCGCGGUCUCCAGCAAACAGAAGGGGGACGCCUAGAUUCCUCUUACUCUUCAGACUGAAACACACCCUGAACAUGGACACGCCCGGUGUUUCCAUCUAGCGGACCGGAUCGGAGUUACAUCCUCAACUUGCGGUAAAUGAGAGAAGUCCCAGGGACUGCACUGCGGUCACGUGACAUCCGUUUAGAGACGCGUAAAAGGCGGAGGACAGAAACUCACAGCAGCAGAGAAUGAGAUGUCAGUUCACAGUUUGAAGAUGACAACUGUACAAUACAUCAGAAAACUGUUAGGAAAGAGCAGCUGCGCGACAAACAACCUGCUGAACACUGGACACAAAACACAGAAGAGCACGAGUGAUUAUAAACUAACUAAAAACACAGAACGCCAUAAACAGAACGUAGUGAAACCUCAGGACAAGACAGCAGAACAGUGCAUCCGGAGAGAUGUCAUUUUAAGAAGAGAAGAAAAUGAAACCUUUGGGUUUGACAUCCAGACAAGCAGCAGUGAAAGAACCGAGCAGGAUCUGAGCUCAUGUGUGUGUUGGGUGAAAGAAAACAGUCCUGCAAUGGAUGCUGGAUUGACAACAGGUGAUGUCAUAAUCACAGUCAACAGUGUGUACAUUACAGGAUUCACACAUCAGGAGAUCAAUGACCUUAUGCAAAAGUCUACCAUGUUAAAGAUGGAGAUGAUCAGAGAUGCUACAGUAAAACAGAGGCAACUACUCGGCAAGCUGUAUCUCCUGCAGCGAGAGCUUACAGAGAAAUGCAAAGAGCUUCAGACGAUUAUCACACAGGAUGUGCGUCUGAGUCGAGGUGUCUCGGAAAACAAUUAGAGACCCCCUGACCUUCCUACAUGAUGUCCUGUCACCCACUAUUGACUGUAUGAAUAAAUGAGAAGUUAACCACACUAGCAACCCAUCCUGCAAAAAACCUGUGACUACAGCAAGGAAUAAUUAUCUGCAUUUGGUCAAAAAGACCUCCAAAAAGUAAAAUUCUCAACAUAUUCAGUGUUGCCAUUGACGAGAACAAAAUAAACGUGUAUUUUAAAAAGGUAUUUUUUCCACUAAGGCUCUAUUUCUGUAGUCACUGAUUUGAUGUGGAAAGUGAGAUGACAUGAGAUUUAACUAUUUUUGUAUUUUUAUAUAUAUUUUUAUUAUUUUUAUUUGUUAUAUUAUAGAUUUUUUUAAUGUUUUUGUGUUAAACCAUUCUACAUGAGUAGCCUUUGUGUAUUAUAAAUCUAUCAUUUGGCAUUAUUUAUUGUUAAAACUCAAUUGUAAUUUAUAUCUAAAUGUUUUGUAUUUACAUAACACUGAUUUAUUUAUUCAUGUUUUAUACACUUUCUCAUUAAAUGUUUAUAAAAAUC